AGCAAAUGAAUGCGUCCCUAAUCAAUUUUUUUGGCAUUCAAGUAGAACACCGUUAAACGUAAAAGACGAUUCGACUCAACUCUACUAGACUACGACCACCAUGGCAAGCUUAAUCUCUUUCAGCCGUUCAACCAACCUUUUCUACUACCCCAAAACUCCGUUUCAGGGAACAAACAUUAGGAGAUUGACAAGUGAAAGGUUUAUGUGCCCAUUAUCCAGAAGAACAGCAAGGAAGCUCAUCUUGUCAAACCAUUCUGGAGGAGACAUACUUUCUUCGAAUAAGAGCUGCUAUCUGGACAUCUUUGCUCCAACAAGACAAUUUUGCAAACCUCUUAUUUGCCAAUUUUUUGUAAGUUCUAACGCUCAUGUGCUAAUUUCUGGAUUCUGGAUGGGACCGGAUGUAGAAGAUGGAUGGGGUUUUGUAGAAGCAAUUGUGCAUCAAAUGUAUUAAUUCUUAUAAUUGAUCAUUUUACUUGCUUUUUUUCC